AUGCCUCCAAAACUGGACCAGACUGUCAAAAAGUCAACAAGAUUAUCGCAAUCGCAACAAGGUCAAAGGAAACCAUUCAAUAAAGAAGCUCCUCGACGUCAGGCGAAAGUAUCAAAACCAACUGUAGAUGAUUUUGGAGGGUUAUUUUCUAAUGAACCUGUAAAACCUGAAGAUCAGUUAAAACUGACUGAAGAAGAAUUGGAUGAGCCAAUGGGAAAUGUUCUGCUGGUCGUCGAACCACCCGAAAAAUCGGCUCGGGUUACUUACACUUAUAGAAUAGGAGAAUAUUUGCCAGCCAAAAAAAGUCAACCUUACGUCGAACUAAUUAAUUUAAAGUCAACAUUACUUCAUAAAGACUUGGGCGGAGAUGACGAAGACAGUAAUGUCGACGAAGGAGGCGAAGAAGGUGAUGAAGGAGAUGACGUAGCAGCCGGUGUAGCCGAUGUUGUAGUACAAGGAGAAAUGGAAGAGGGAGAAGGUGAGAUCGAAGAUUUUCAAAUCGAAGAAGACGAAGUCGAAGACGAAAUGGACGAAGACGCCACGUCGAAACCUAAAGCCACGUCAGAUUCGGACGAAGAUGCACCACCGGCAAUAGUUAAGCAGGAAUCUGCCAUAACAUCUAAAAGUCUACCGAUCACACAGAGAUGUGUGAUGAAAAAAUUGAUGAAUCAAUUUAAUUUCUUUGAGCGUUGUGCGCAGACGGAAGAAAUCGUUACGAGGGAAAAAAGUGCUCAGACAACGCCCCCAGAAAAAGAUGACUUUAACACGCUUGUGACGCAAUGGAUUAUUUACGAUACCUACAACGAGGAUUUUGCAAGACAGCAGGAAGAGAAGGAGAGAGAGAAGAGGGAAAAAUUAGCCGCGCAUGCUAGCAAAAAAAGCACAGGCAAACAAAAGAAAAUUGAAGUGGCGGAAGACCGGACCGAAAAAAACAUGUUAAUGGCCGCAAAGUUUUUAGAACGAAUAAUCAAUCUUAACGCUAUGGACGCUAUAGCUCAAGAUUUUCGUUACUACGAAGACCCGUCGGAUCAGUUUAGGGGCAGAGAAGGAACUCUCUUGCCGUUAUGGACGAUGGCAUACGAAAAAGCAGACUCACUUUAUGUGACCGAUAUCAGUUGGAGUCCUGAUUAUUUUGAUAUGUUCGCCGUCACGCUUGGAACUCCACAAGGACACAUACCGUUGACGGACAGCCCGGAUAUUGGCUAUCUUUGUUUAUGGUCCCUGAAGAAUCCGUCGUAUCCGGAAUACAUAAAUCAAACGCAUUGCGGAGCCAUGUGUUUGGAUUUUCAUAGGCAACACGGGUUUCUCAUAGCCGUAGGUUUUCACGAUGGUCAUUUAGCUGUUUAUAAUGUGAGUUUGCCAACUAAAGAACCACAGUACAUGACGGACUCGGUAAAUUCGAAACACAAAGGCUGCGUGAGACAGGUAGUUUGGGCCAAGGACUUGCCGGACGGCGAAAUGAACUUCUAUUCGAUAUCUGAAGAUGGUACCGUUUGCAAUUGGUUGCUUAUGCAAAGCGAAAUGUCCAAAACGAUUAUCGUCACACUAGUGUUAGACAUGGAACCGCAAAUAACUUUAGGCGGGAUAAGCGAAAAACUCAUUGGGCGGGGCACGACGAUAGCGUUCCAUCCUGAGGACAACGGAAUAUAUUUAGUCGGGACCAAUGAGGGAUACAUAUUCAAGUGUAACACUGAGUGGAGUUCGUUUUUCAUGCAAAAAUUCAAAGCUCAUGAAAUUACCGUAUAUCGAAUUGAUUACAAUAAAUACGAUCCUAACAUUUACAUAUCAUGCAGUGGAGAUUGUACAGUUAAAGUUUGGGAAGACAAGUCAGACACUGCGUUGUUGACGUUCGACUUAUUGUGGAGCGUAUCCGAUGUGCUUUGGUCGCCAUUUUCCAGUACCGUUUUCGGUGUCGUUACUGAAGACUGUGACAUGGUUUUCUACGAUUUGGACGCGGAUAAGUUUAAAAAUAUUUGCAGUCAACCUAUACAGCCGGAAAAUCAGUUCCAACUAACCAAAAUGGCUUUUAAUUGGCGAAUGCCCAUCGUCAUUGUAGGCAGUUCGAGGAGUCACGUGGUAACAUUGAAAAUGUCGCCUAACUUGCGUCUGGUGAUGAAACCGCCGAAAAAAGGCAAACAUUAUACCACACAAAUGCUGGAACUGGAAAAAUUACACAAAGUGUUGGAUUCUACCCGAGAACCGGACAGCUUAGUAAUACCCGCAGAUGACGAUACAGCAGAUACAUAG